AUACAUUUUAAUUUGGGCUUCUUCUGGGCCUUAAUAUUUGGGCUUUAAAUAAGUUAUCUCUCCCACUUACGCAUGUAAACACAGCUCUGAUAAUUACGCUGAGGUGGCAUUUUUUAAUUGGCUAAUGCAUUAAGAGAUGCGUGGCGAGAAAUUUCCCCUCCUAUAAAAAUUGUUGAAGAGUCCGGUCAACUCCGAAAGUCUUCAAAUCUCUCCGUCACGAAUCGUUCUCUCGUCGUCAUCAAAAUCUGUUAGCCGAAUCAGGCCAACCAUUAUUCUCAGAUAGAGAAAAGAAGAAAGAAUGGUGGGAAGUGGAGCUCCACAGAGAGGAAGUGCAGCUGCAACUGCAAGCAUGCGUAGGAGGAAGCCGACCAGCGGUGCUGGUGGAGGAGGUGCCUCUGGUGGUGCAGCCGGAUCCAUGCUUCAGUUCUACACCGAUGACGCACCUGGUCUCAAGAUCUCCCCCAAUGUUGUUCUUAUCAUGAGCAUCGGUUUCAUUGCUUUCGUCGCUGUGCUUCAUGUUAUGGGCAAGCUCUACUUUGUCAAAUGAUGACAAAGAUAAUAGUUGAAGACAAUGCCACCCUAAGUGACUGCUAGUGAUCCAAAUAUUAUACAGUGGUUUCAAGUUAAUGUUUUAAUUUUGUGGUUUAUUACCAGAGUAUAAACGAUCUUUCACAAUUCCAGUUUCUUUACAUUCAAAUUUUCAAUAUUCUUCACACAUAUUAUAGGCAUGAGCUUUUUAUACAUCUCACAAAUGACAAUGAGUACUAUUAUCACCUUUUUA